AUGGUUGGGGUACCGCGCAGCGCUGGCUGCCGCACCUGCAUCCAGCGGCGGGUCAAGUGUGAUGAGGGUCGACCGGAAUGUCGUCGCUGUCGCGACAGAAACGUCAAGUGUCCGGGCUAUCAACGCCGAGUGAAAUUCUACCACCAGACUCCGGCGUCUCUUAGAAACCGGAAGCAGAAAGAUAGUCGACACGUUGCUGCGCCCGCUGUUCAUGCGCUCACUCCUCGGGCGAGCAUGGAUGGAAAUAUAGUACCCAGCCUGGUAUCCACAGCAAUAGAUACCCAGAUGAAGGAAGUGUUUCAGUACUUCGUCAUGGUCUCCUUUCCCGGCCUGUUCUCCGCAUGGCGGAAUAGAGUUGAGCUCAACUGGCUAGACUUCGUUCGCCAUCACCUCGAUACCUCGUCACACGCACUGAUCUGGAGCCUCCGGAGUCUGAGCGUAUGGCACCUCGGUCGCGCGCAAAACGACCAUGACAAGAUGCUCGCCAGCCGGCACUUCUAUGGCCGCGGUCUGCAGCAUUUGAUCUACUCGCUCCGCGACCCCCGCACCGCCACCUCAAACUUGACCCUUAUGGCUGCCAUCCACCUUGGGAUAUAUGAAAUGCUGGAUGGGCUCGGCGAAAAAUCCUGGCUCGCUCAUUCCCGGGGAAUUGGCAAACUAUUCCAACUUCGUGGUCCCCAAGCUCACCGCGACGGAUUCGGCCGCACGCUGCUGGUAGCGUAUCGCCCGUUUCUAGUCGCCGAUGCUAUUGUCUCCGAAGAGCCGUGCUUCCUGGAGGAACCUGGAUGGCAAGCCAUAGUCCACGACGCAAUCGCAUUCGAACGCAGCGCUGGAAAAAGCUGUCCGCUGAGUGAGAUUGUGGAGCUCGCUUUCAACGAGAUUGUACUCUGCCCGGGGCUUUUUGCGCGGACGCGCGCCUUUGUUUCGCAGACGGGGGUAAAGUCAGAGAUACUGCGAGAGUCGCUGGUGGCUCGGAUCACUCGUUGUCGAGAUAGACUGGUCGAGUUUCAUGGGGAAAUGCAGCCGUUGAUCGUCAAAUACAAUAAGGACAAUAUGCUCAAGUGGGAGGAAGAUACGAAGAGUCCCAUUCCCACCGAGUAUGGGCCAAAGGUAGCCAAAUUCGCGGCCCGAGGCGCGCGAUCUGCCAUUGCAGUACUCAACCAGCUGUUGGUUCUGAUCGAAGCAGAUAAAAAUCGCUCGUUCUUGGAUACAAAGCCGCCUUGUCGGAAUACCUUAUGGAAGCUACCAGCAGGGAGCAUUGCAUCGUCCGAGUCGCAAGAGAAGCAACCGACUGCCUACGACGCACACGAAGAUGACUCCCCGGAUCGACUGGACCAGCUUGCAUUGUCGAUGGGUAUGCUAGCAAUAAGAUCAGGAAAGCCUCCUGCACAUCAGUAUUGA